GACCGUUCAUUGAUGUGUUGCAGUGUGUUAGUGGAUUUGCUCGUGGAUUGCCAGUAUUUCUCGGAUGCUCGGGUCGCUUGUGUCAUCAGUCAAUCGGCAGUAUUGGAAGCAAGUGGUCGUGAUUUCACAAUUCGGUGUGUUCUGUUCAUGUCAAGUCACUGAGAACAAGGCAGAGUUUCUUCAGGCAUAAAAAUACACCGGGAAAGAAUAAAUCAAAUCCCGGUCGCAUUUGUGAUUCCCCGGCUUCGCCGCCCGUUCAUCUCUUUGGAUAUUAUUUUUAAAAUACUCGCUGGGCAUUCUUCUGUGCGAUUGCAAAAGUUGGACGCACGUGUGCGGAGGCCAACGAAUGCCAAUUGAUCCCCGACACAGCUAAGGGACACACACGCACAUCCCACGCCACCACAAUGAGAGACCUCAGCACCAAAUGCCUCGUGGCCAAGGAGACGAUCUACAGAGACGUGGCCGUUAUAGGAAACGGACCCAGUGGAAUCGCUCUGUCGUUCAUGCUGUCCGGCCACUGGCCGUACUGGAACGCCGCGGACGUGGAAUCGCAUCCGGACGAGUUGCUGCGGGCGAGGCUGAACUAUGCGGACAACGGGAGGAGUUUGGUGGAACAGGAUCUCGCCACACUGGCAGAUGGACUCGAGGGCAGGAGCACAAACCCAGUGAGUCUUCUUCUAGACAGCCUGACGCAUCCCUGCGCGGAUCUCGGCAUGGAACUGCCCUCGAUGUUGCACUACAGAUUUCAUCCGGAGAAGAAGAUUGAUCAUAUUGUUAUUGGAAAGGGUCGCGCUGGAGGCUCUUGGCACAGGAUGGAUCCCAACUUGAGGACGCUCUCUCUGUCCGCCUGGAUGUCUCUACCAGGGUUGGAUUUCAAUGUGUGGGAAGCAAAGAAUCCACCCAAAUCUCCGCUGGAGGCACAGAAGGAGGAGAACGGUGUCUGUCUGCACUGUCAGAAGAUCGAUGUGGAGAACAAUAACUUCGUCGAGGAGUCCAGCCUGUGUCAGCAGUGCACGAAGAGGCGGAAGCCCUCCUCGCCCAUCCGGAAGGCUUCAAUCAGACAAAAUCACUCGAAGGAAGUGGAGACGCGCGCUCUCAUCUCCCGAGUGGCCGAAUACUAUGAGAGUUAUGUCAAGGAAAUGGAUUUGGAGAGGUAUUUCAUGAACGACGCCACAGUGACCUCAAUCGCACCCUUCCGGUGUCCGCCGGCCGGCAGAGAAGCCUGCGGCAAGGCCAAAGACGCCCGAUGGAUAGUCAGUGGUAUUCGCAAAAACAAAGCCUUCACCAUUCUGUGCCGAAACGUGGUGCUCGCCAAUGGAUCCUCAGACCUGGCCAAUCGUCUGGGCAUUCGCGGCGAGCGUCUGUCCAUUCCGUGGCUCAAGCACGAACUGCCACAUCUCGAGGCGGCUCUCGAGGCCUUCAAGCCAUCAGAGCGGCGCUCCUUGAAACCCGUCCUGAUAGUUGGCGCGGGACUGAGCGCCGCCGAUGCCAUAACAAUCUGUCGGCAAUCCGGAGUGCAUGUGAUUCACGUGUUCAGGAGCCGGACGGCUGGGCUGGACAAGAUGCUGCCCGAGAAUGUGUAUCCGGAGUACCAUGAAGUACACCGUAUGAUGAAGAGUCCUCACGAGGCGCACAGCUGCUACUCUCCACUGCCCGAGCACACCAUCGCCGACGUGGUUUCAAUUCCUUCAUCCACAGGAGAGGAACGGCGGAGGGUGACGGUGCGUCACAUAAAAACAGGUGAAACGCGUGACUUUGAAGUGUCCUUCUGUGCCAUUCUCAUCGGCGCGCGCCCCGAUCUGCGCUUCCUCGCGCCUCUUAGCAGCGCUGGCGCCCCGGUGGAGGAGCCGACAGAGCCAAUUGAAGAUUCGCUGUCCUUCUUCGGCCGUCAGCUGGCAUGGCUCAAGAAUCUCUGCGCCAAGUGUCGCCACAUGAACUUCUGCGAGCGCGUGCGUAGGCCGGAUUACAAGAAGAUAUGCGGCCACAACGUGGAGAAGCGUGGCUGCGAGUGUGCGCCGAGGGCCGUGCGGACAGCCGCCGAGGAUGUGGUGCUGAGCCUGGGCCUAGGCGAGGACCCACACGCGCCUGUAGACGGGAAAAGUAAUCCGAUCGCAGUGGACAAAUACACAAACCGCGUGCUGCGCGGACCCGCCGGCCUUUUCGCCAUGGGGCCGCUGGUGGGCGACAACUUUGUGCGCUUCAUCCCGGGCGGUGCGCUUGCCAUCACGUCGGCGCUGCAGAAUUUGGAGAACGACUGAGAUUCGGCGGAUUCUGUGGGUGUUUUUCUUGUUGCCGCGCACACGUCCUGAGCGACGCGCGAGGCUUUUUGCGAGCUUUCCUCAUGUUUCCGGGACCUCAAGAGGGUCUGCUUUGGAAUUUCAAGCGAGAGAGAGAGAGAUAGAGAGAAAGUGGGAGACACACUGCAAUAAAUUGUGAGAUGAUAAAUUCUUAUGACUCAGUAGGGGAAGUUCUGGUGCUGCGAUGUAUUUUUGAGAACACUUCUUACGUAUUGUUUUUAUUCUAUUAAUGUAUUAUUUUAGGAUCUUGUGUCUCAAUUGGACAAUUUUUGGCCUAGCAAAAGGGGUCGAAAAAUUCUAGAUUUUGUAGGUUGUUUUUUGGAAAAUUGGAUGCGAAGAAUUGAUUAUUCAAUGCCAUUAGAAUUGCGUUUAGAUAUUGAAAACCAUUUGUAUUUCGAACACUAUCAAACAGACUGACUGCAAUUGUAAUUGUGCGUUGUAAGAGUUUUGAUCAAAAAUUGAUGUAUAUCAACAUUUAAAUUGUAUUUUCACUUGGCCGAAGCGACUUGCCAAAGAAAACCCCCUUCAAUCGUUGUUAAAUCCUCAGAAUAAAUGACAAAUAAAGUGAUUUUUAUUAGAGUU